CUUUCCUUUUUAACUAAAAGUCCCUUUCAGUUGAUAACUGUGUCAACCUUUUUAACUGCAGAUUGUUAUUUCUAUGCACUCAGUCAAUGCUGUUGUCCUCGUGGGUGACGUCAUUUUAAAUGACUUGAGGUUUCCUCUGUUUCGAAUUGCAUAUUAUAUCUUAUGGACGUGUACAUUUGUCAUUUUCCAAUGGAUCAUCCAUGCUUGUUCUAACCUUUGGUGGCCAUAUGCAUUUCUCGACUUAUCAUCACCCUGGGCUCCAAUAUGGUAUCUUGGGGUAGGGUUGCUGCAUGUCCCUUGCUUUGGCGUCUUUGCUGCAUUGGCUAGGCUGAAGCACUUUGUGUUGUCAAAAAGUUUCCCAGACUCUUAUCGGUGUUGACAUGAGAAGAAGUUGGACUCUGCCAGUUGCCACAUUAUCUGAACGGUUGCUUUUGAUAGAUUAGAUCAGGCAUCUUCUUGAUGCGCUGCUGAUGAUGGUUGUGUUUUGGAAGAAGCAUGUAUUGGUUGUAUGCCAAAUGUAUGGAUUGUCACAUUCAACUUAUUUUCAUGUUGUAAUGUUAAUAUCUCUGUUUUAAGUAUAUAUGCAUGUACAUGUGAAUUCACCCAGAGAUUUUAAACUGCUUCUUCCACCCAAGAGUCUGAAUCUCUUGUAGAGUUGACUCGUUUUAGAUUAAUAGCAAAUAGACAAGUUGAAUAGGUUCGAUUUUCCUAU